AUGAGGUACCGUUCUUUCUCCGAGGUUCAUGAGUACGAGCUGCAGACGUUCACUGAGAAGCGGGAGACGUCCUGGGCCUUCACUCCCUACGGCGGCGGAGACGUGGACGGCCCCAGCAACGGCCCCGCGCCCCUGCCGUGGGACGUGGAGGCGCGGCCGACGCACAUGUUCCACGACGAAGUGAAAGUGGUCCAGGUGCCUCACACCGCCUCUGUCAAGGAGUGCCACAGGUGCAAGGGCACGGGGUCGCUCCAGUGCUCCGAAUGCCACGGCAAAGGAUGGACCCGCUGCCUGUCCUGCCACGGCGACGGCUGGUACACGGACUCCUCGGGCUACAAGGAGCGCUGCUUCUACUGCCAGUCCUCGACGCACGGCCACGGACGCCAGGACUGCCUCAAGUGCAACGCCAAGGGCCGCGUCGCCUGCCCGCCCUGCGACAGCUACGGCCAGAUCCGCUGCUUCAUCAGACUCACCAUCACCUGGAAAGUGCACACCUCGGAGCAUAUUGUCAGGAAAGGUGGUCUGCCCGAGGAACUGGUGAAGGAAGUGUCAGGACAGGUCGCCUUUGAAGAAGAAGGUCCUCGCAUUUUCCCCCUGACCCAGUUUCCUGAUAACACAAUCAACCUUGCCUCAGCACAGCUCGUUAAUAGUCACAAGAACAAGUUUGUGGACGAGCGGAUCUAUGGACAGCGUCAUCAAGUCCGCAUUGUUCCAGUGGCCGAAGUCGAGUAUGGUUUCAAAGGGGGUCCAGGCAAAUUUUGGGUGUAUGGCUAUGAGAAUAAGGUACAUUCUCCUGACUACCCACAGACCUGCUGUUGGGGCUGCUGCUGCGUCAUGUAGUCCCUGAGCCUUACAUGGCAUCAAAAGAUAACACUUGGCUAUCCUUUCAACAGUUUUGAAUUAUCAGAAAAGUCUCUCUAGACUGUUCGAUAUAAGGCUAUUUCACACACACACAAAAAAAAAUUCUGACUGUCUCUCAAAUGUUCCUGUCUACUAUUUUCCAGGGAGUAAAAUUUUCUGGUUCGUUCUCUGAGGAUUUGUGGAAAACUCUGCAGGGAUUACAUUCCUGGGAACAUUUUUUUUCUUUUUUUAUUUCUUUUCUUUCAUGUAUACUGCAAUGAUUCAUUGAUAAACCAUAAGACUUUUUUGA